UAAAUAUUUAACCUCAAACGUCAAAAUUGGCGUCUUUUAAAACGCCUUUUAUUUUGAUUGUUUAUUAUCGAUAUCUUAACAAAUUGUACUUGAAAAAGGUUGAAAUGAGCGACCGUGAUUCUUCAAUAGAAGUCGAUGAGCCAGAGAACUCCAACGAGUCCGAUUCAAGUGAUCUGGAUGACGAAAAUGAUGCGCAAGAACAACAACUACUCGAUAGAGCAAGACAACUUGAGAACGAUAUAUCGGAUAACAAAUAUUUAUACGACUCUCACGUCGAGCUAAUCGAUAUAUUCCGUAAAUUGACUGAUUUAAAUUCCUUAAGAGCAGCUUACAAAAGGUUUCACGAAUACUUUCCUCUUACGCCCAACUUAUGGCUUGACUGGAUCAAAACGGAAAUUUCUUUGGUCACGACUCCCGAACAGCAAAAAGGCAUUUUUAAACUGUUUGACGAAGCUACUGAAGAUUAUUUAUCUGUAGACUUAUGGAUUGAAUAUGCACAGUACUCUAUAGGAGCAAGUGAAUUAGAAACUACAAGGUCUAUACUUGAAAGGGGGUUAAAUGCUGCAGGGUUAGUUUGUGAUAAAGGUUCAUUACUUUGGGAUACCUUAAGGGAAAUCGAAAAUGUUUAUAUUUCAACGCAUACAGAAGGUUCAGAGGAAUGGAACAAACAGGUAAUAAAACUUGUAGAUGUAUUUAAGAGACAACUAUCUAUUCCACUGUUGGAAAUGGAAAAUACAUAUAAUGAAUGGGAACAGUGGGUUAAAGGACUACCUGAAGGGUUGGUGCAUCCAAAACCAGUUGAAUAUGGGUACAAAAAGGCUCUGAAGCUGCUAGAAACUUAUAAACCAUUUGAAGAGCAACUUUUGGCAUGUAAAGCCAAUGAAGAACUGUAUGAAACCUAUAAAAAUUAUAUAAAAACAGUGACAGAUCCUUCGACAGUUAUCUGUUUAUAUGAAAGAGCAGCUGUACAGCUUUGUCUUUUACCAGAUUUUUGGUGGGAUUAUUGCAACUACGUUUUUAAUCUGGGUCCGUUGGCACUGAACGUAUGUAAAAAAGCUUUGAGAAACUGUCCAUGGAGUGAGGAUCUUUGGAUUUUUAAGCUAAGGGUUUUGGAAAAGCUGGAAAAAUCUGAUGACCAAGUUAUGGAAUGCUUUGAGCAAGGUAUAUCAAACAUCGCACCUUCUCCUGGAUUGGAACUAUGGUUAGCAUACUUAGAAUAUACUCAUAGAGUUGUGGGAUCCCCGGAAAAACUGGAUAAACUCUUCAAUCAAGCCAUACAACAGCUUGGUUUUGAAAACGACGCUCAGUGCAAAGUUGGCAGGCUUUUCAGUAGGAUUUUGGGGCACAGGGGCGACAUGAAAGCUGCCAGGAAAAUAUGGAGUCACAUUUUGGGAAAACCACAAAAUAAAGGAUCUUAUGCGUUAUGGCUUGAAUCUAUAAAUUUGGAAAAACAAUAUGGAGACGCGAAUUCCGUAAGAAACCUGUUCCAAAAAGCACUUAAUUCUGUAAAAGACUGGCCUCAGUAUAUUAUGGAGGAAUGGUUAGUGUAUGAACGACAUUUUGGCACACUUGACGAUGUUAUGAAAUGUGUACAAAAAUGUAGAGAGGCCAGCGCAAAUCUAACGGAAAACUAUCAAUAUCAAACUGAUACCACUUCACAAAAUCAAGACCAUCAAAACAAAGGCACUAAAAGGAAAUAUAACCAGGAGCCAAACACUAGUAGUAAACAGGUUCCUCCAAAAAGGUUUAGGGAAGAGAAAAAAGAAGAAGUUAGUAAGCCAGUUGUGAGAAAUCGAGUACCUAUUGAGAAGAAUCCGGAAACUACAGUAUUUAUCAGUAAUUUGCAUCCUUCAAUUGAUGAGAACAAACUUAGAGAACUUUUUCCUAAUUGUCUUAAACUGGAAAUAGUUCUGGAUCGUAAAGGAAAGUCCAGAUGUUUUGGAUAUGUCCAAUUUAAGACUGCUGAAGAGGUUAUGGUUGCGCUAGCACGCGACCGCGAACCUCUAGACGGCCGACCCGUUUUUAUCUCCGAAAUUAAAACGGACCGUGCCGAAAAGAAACAGGUCUUCAAGUACGCAACCAACGCGGAGAAAAAUAAACUGUUCGUCAAGGGUCUUCCCAUUUCCAAGACCAAAGAACAAGUGGAAGAACUGUUCAAACCGCACGGAGCCAGAGACGUGAGGCUCGUUUUGCACCGGAGCGGCCAACCCAAAGGCCUGGCGUAUGUGGAAUUCGAGAACGAAGAGCAGGCUCUGAAAGCAAUCAAAGAGACCGAUCAGCUGGACGUAGACGGGCACGUCAUAUCCGUAGCGAUCAGCGCGCCACCUCCCAAGAAGGAGAAGGCUGGAAGGGUGACGUUUGGGCGGAGAGAAGAGGGGGAGGAGCCGUCGAGACACGCCCGAAGUCGGCUGCAGACGUCGCUGUUGCCGAGGUCGUUGCAGGUUAAGGCCGGAAGCAGCGGGGCGGAGACGAAAAAGGAAGAGACGAACGGCACUGGCGGGAAAAUGAUGAAAAAUACGGACUUCCGGAAUAUGUUGUUGAAAAAAUGAAUGUUUUAAGUGUUAUUGUUUUUUAUUUUCUGUAUAUUCAUGUGUAAUAUUGUUUUAAAGUCAAUCAAAUUAUGUCCUUAAAUCAAAUAGAUGCAGAGAU